GAUUCUGUCAACCCUAUAUAACCACAAAUGCAAAGGGCAGCAAUCGCCAUCUACUACCCUCCGACCUAGGAACAUAUUACUUCUCAUACUUCCACUUCCAGCUCCUCUAAUUUAUUACUCUGGAGUAUAAAGACACGGCCUUAUCUUCUAAUCAGUUAUCCUCAUCUACCACAAUGUCUUCACCAUCAUCCUCAUCUUCCACGAUCCCACACGAACAUUCUCAUCAUGCCGGUGUCUGUCCCGUUGCUGGGAAGACCCAUGCUUAUUGUCCCAGACAACCUGGAGACAGUCGUUCUCCAUGUCCCGCUUUGAACACCCUCGCCAACCAUGGGUACCUCCCUCGUAAUGGUCGAGACAUAGGUUUCUUCGACCUUGUCCGCUCUCUCAAAGAAGGCUACCACCUAUCCACUUUUCUCGCAUGCUUCCUGUCUAUUGGAGGUAUCGGUUUCCUACUACAAUUCCGUCGCCUUUCUCUCAGCGAUCUUGCCCGUCAUAACUGUAUCGAGCAUGACGCUUCUAUUGUGCACCCGGAUGUCAAGAAUGCUGAUGACGAAUAUGCGUCGACUAGAGUAUGUGAACCAUUGCUGGAUGCUCUUGUCGCCGAGGGUCGUGCUAUGGGAGGCAGGAUCACUAUGGAAGGGGUGGCCAGCAUCCGAUUCAGGAGGGAAAAGAUAUGUAGACCGCUAGACGGUGUCCACUCGGAAAUUGCGAGGGGAGAGAUGGCUAUCGCGAUCGGCGUGCUUGGAGGCAAAAAUGCUGAUAAGGAGGGAUUGAGUGUCAACGUUCUUCACGAUUGGCUGCAAGACGAACGACUUCCGGAGGGAUGGAAACCAGAUCAUACGCAGGGAAUGAUGAAGACAAUUCACAUGACUACACAGGUCCGCAAGCGCAUGGCUGAAUUGAAGGCACAGAAAGACCAGCCAUCGCUUUUGCAGUCAGAACAGACUUCAACCACCCUGUCAUUGCAAUCAGCAGACGAGCCUAGUGCAAAAAAAGAUAUACCCCAAUGAUUGAAAUGUAUAAUUGUAUGUCUUUUGUUAUGAUUAUUUACGUACGGUAUUGCAUAGUGUCGCGAUAGUUUACAUUAUUUUAACUUAUUCCUUUCGUAUCACUCUGUCGAUGUUUCUCUAGUAUUUGAGAUUCGUCAAUAUAUCUUCUUGAUGAAUUACA